CUGCACAACAAGAAAGUUGCCAAGGCAUUCAGAUCGUACAUGUCAAGAUGGUGCCAAGUCAGGCAAUUCUCCUGUUGCUUCUGAUAUUUUCUGUGGAUAAAGCUGCCUCCCAGUGCCCAUACAGUUGUCAUCCCAACGACCCUGGACAAGGCUUAGUCUUUAUCUGUCACUGUCCAAAUGAACAUGGGGAGGAGGCUCCCUGCAGCUGGGUUGGACAUGGAGGGGCUGUAUACAGCUUCGGAAUAUGCCUUGAUGCCAUACCCACUGGCUUCUAUGAGGAAACCAGAGUGAUCUACAUCCAGCACCUGCGCUCUUCUCGUCUCCUGGAGCGGUCUUUCCCAAACAUCUCAAGCCUUCAGCACCUGCGGAUCCAAAGGUCUAACAUCUCCACAAUCCAGCCCGGGGCUUUCCGCGGUCUACCAUUGCUCCAGAGGAUCUAUCUUGACGACAACAGACUCACCAGUUUGGGCCCUGAUGCUUUUCUUGGACUUGAUGGACUCAAACAAUUGUGCCUGACCAAGAACAUGAUUUCUGCCAUAUCCAAGUUUGCCUUCUAUGGCCUCCCUGUCCUCACUACACUGCAAUUGCUGCAGAACCGCCUGACGUCUGUUCCCAUCAAUGCACUUCUUCAACCAAAAGCAUUGAUGAUGGCCGAUCUGGCACAAAAUGCCAUCACCACCAUAUACAGUGAUGUCCUGCACCUGACACAACACAAACACUUGAAACUCGUGAUGCAAGCAAACAAGCUGAAAUGCGACCAGGAUCUGAAAUGGUUCAUCUGCAAUCUACCGAUCCUGGACCAAAUCCAGGAUCGAUUCUUCCUGAGGUGUGCUUUCCCACAUAAUCUCGAAGGAACUCUCAUCAGCAGCAUGUCCAACAACCAGGUUGCCUGCCAGACCAAUCAACAAGGGGCUGGGUCCAAAACGCGCAACAUAAUGGCCAAUACAACAGUUGUUGCAAAAUCAUAUGGAUUCAUUGCAGGAUCCAAGCUGGAUGUAACAGGCCCUCAAACAGUCAACGCACAUUUGUACAACCACACCACUGAGGACCACACAAGUUUACCAUUCACAAAUGCCAUGAUCCCAGUCUCCCAGGACACCACUGUCACAGAGGGGUACUACGUCAUCAUCCUUGGGGGAGACCCAACCAAUAAAGGGGAUGGCACACAAAACAUGAGCAAUGCCCUUGUUGCUGUACUGCUGUUUUUGUUGGCAACAGUUGUUGCCUUCUUCGCCUACAAAAGCUGUCCUGGUAGAGGAUUAGACUGUCAUGACAUAUCAGAUGAUGAAGAAACAGAUAACCAUCAAGUUGAGCCAUACGCAGUAAUCUAUGCUGACAUGGCUGAACUAGAAGGAUCCAACUCAGCCACGGAGGUACAGCCCAGCCCUACAUGUGACCAGACAUCAGACAACAUUCAGCCAGAUGCAGUGGCUGGAGGCCCAGGACCACAGCUUCAGCCUCAUGCAGUGACCUGCAAUGACAAUGCCAGGCAUAGCAAGGAGAUUGGCUACAAGAUCGAGCCAUACGCAACAGGAUACCCUGGUGACCAUGACCUUCCAGAAGCUGCAGAAAUCCACAUCGAGGCAGAUUCUACGCCACUGGAAAACAGCGCUGACCAACAGGUUAGUAAUACAGGCAUCAAACAACCAGUCAUCCUCUCUGAAGAUUGUGACCAGUCAAUUGUAGAGGAUGCCAACAUACAGCUAGGAUGUGAGGACCAAGAAGUACGAGAUGGCAACCACUCCAGCAUCAGGACCACAGACCCAGUACCACAGCCUCAUCCUCAUCUAAUGACCGGCAGUGAUGACCAACAGGAGACAAUCAUCAAACAACCACUCAUCACAGAAUCAGAUGGACAGCCACAGCCAAAUGAUGAUGAACUACAGCCAACAUAUGAAAAUGAGUUCGAGGAAGCAGGAAAAUGCAACCAAUCCAUAAGAAAUAAAAGAGGUCCUAAUAACACAAAUGAGAUUCCAAGUGAAAAUGGGAUGCUGGACAGAAGUGGCUCACAGCACACUGGUUCAAAAGAGCGCAGCCUGUCUUGCGUCCUGUAUAACCCAGCUCAUGGACAGCCUGAGUGUAAGGACGACACAUCUAAUGUCCUGUACAACCCAAUUGAUGGAUAGCCUAGUACAUCAGUCAAAGUAAACCUUCAGUACAGCAGUGAAUGACAAAGACCCUAAGUAUAUACACUGUACUUUCCCAUGAGUUGCUGGGGAGGGAAACCCAGGGUCAAAUCUGGGUCACUGAGAGACAACUGUUAUAAGGUUUUGGAACUUGAAUUUACCUCUUACUAGACACAUAUUAACUGUUUGUGAAUAUGCAUCCCAUUCCAACUACAUUUAAAAUGAAGGUCCUUCAUAAAAACAAUAUAUAAUCAUCAUCAUUAUUAGUAUACCAUCUGAGAGUAUGAAAACACUCACUGACUCUUUGAACCAACUUUCCAACACAAGAAUUUGAUUCACCCCUGUUCAACUCAAGUCUUUGUCAAGGCAAAUUGAGCAUUAAAUCCACUGCUUCUGUGAUGUCAAUCUAUGUACAUAGAACACGUGACUCUGUGAGCAGUGGAUCAGAUGUUCCACUGCUCUUAUAUCUAGUACAUAACGAUGUAACAGAAGCAGUGACUCUGUGAGCAGUGACACGUUACACGUGAGCAGUGAAUCGAUGUAACAUUGGUCACUCUUUGACAAAGACUGGACUUGGACAGUUG